UGAUGACAACCAGUUUUUAUAAGAUUGGUUUUCUCCACUUAUCAUUGACUCUUAAGCAUUUCUGAAAGCUACCACAUGUCUUUCUCUUCAUAAUAUAUUGUCCAAUGUAGUAUCACCAUCAAAGGAGGAAAAAAUUGAUUUAGGCAUAAGAGUUUCAAUGGAUCAUGAUGAAACUGAGAACACAAAGAGAAGCUCAAGUUAUUGGAAAUCAUUUUACAGUUAUGCUGAUAAAGUGAAAAGAUUUCCAGGUUUGGUGAAGAGGACAAUUUGGAAAGUUGGAAAAGAUGAUCCAAGAAAAGUGGUUCAUUCUUUGAAAGUUGGUCUAGCUUUGACAUUAGUUUCUUUGCUUUAUCUAAUGGAGCCAUUGUAUAAAGGGAUAGGCAAAAAUGCUGUAGUGGCUGUCAUGACUGUGGUUGUUGUCAUGGAGUUUACUGUAGGGGGGACACUAUGCAAAGGACUAAAUAGAGGAUUAGGGACUUUGUCAGCAGGAUUGUUGGCAUUUUUUAUUGAGUAUCUUGCAGAUGCACCUGGUCAUAUUUUUCGAGCGGUUUUCAUUGGCGCUGCGGUUUUUCUUUUAGGAGCUGUAGCUACUUAUGUGAGAUUCAUUCCUUAUAUUAAGAAGAAUUAUGACUAUGGUGUUAUGAUAUUUCUCUUGACCUUUAAUUUGAUAAUUGUAUCAAGUUACCGCGUUGAUAAUGUCUUGAGCAUGGCAAAAGAUCGGAUCUCUACCAUAUGCAUUGGCGUCGGUCUAUGUCUUGUGAUGAGCCUAUUUGUAUUUCCAAACUGGUCAGGGGAAGAUCUUCAUAAAUCCACCAUAUCAAAGCUAGAAAGCUUAGCCAAGUCUAUAGAAGUUACUGUUGUGGACUAUUUUUAUGAUUCUGAAAAACAAGAAAAUGAAGAUGAUUCAUCUGAGGAUCCCAUUUACAAGUGCUACGAAGCCGUUUUAGACUCUAAGGCUAAGGAUGAAACACUGGCAAUGCAAGCAAAUUGGGAGCCAAGAUACUCAAGAAGCUGCCACAAGAUUCCUUGGCAGCAAUACGCAAAAGUAGGAGCUUCUCUUCGUCAUUUUAGUUACACUGUUGUAGCACUACACGGAUGUUUACAGUCUGAAAUUCAGACACCAAGGUCAAUCCGUGAUCUAUACAAAGAUUCUUGCAUCAAACUUGCACAAGAAGUAUCAAAAGUACUUAGAGUAAUGGCGAAGAGCAUAAAGAAAAAGCGACAAUUUUCCCUUGAUAAACUCUCAAACAAUCUCAAUGAAGCUUUACAAGACCUUGACAAUGCAUUGAAAUCACAACCGCAACUUUUACUAGGUUCGAGGAAUGGUCAAAGUCGAAUCCCCAUAACCCCCAAAACUCCAAGAACACCCAACUUUUUCAAGAUUGAUGAAGACACUAGAAUCACAUUAUCAAGUAUUAAAAGUGAUUAUUGUUCCCCGGUUGGAAGCAAAUCGAAAGAGCACUCUCAGGAACAAACAAAAGAAGGACAACAACAUAAAAAAGUUUUGAGGCCACAACUGAAUAAGACUAUGACUAUGAGUAUGAUCACUAGCCUUGAAUUCUCAGAAGCACUACCUUUUGCUGCUUUCACUUCAUUGCUAGUGGAGAUGGUUGCAAAACUAGAUCAUGUUAUGGAUAAAGUUGAGGAAUUGGGGAAAAUGUCUCACUUUAGAGAGUUCAGAGAUGAUGAUUAUGAUGAGAUUAUUCUUACUUGUGAAAAACCAAAAAUGAAUACAGCUGAGAAUGACUUGCCUUCUUAUGGAGGAGCAGAGUAGUUGUUAGUGGAAAACUUUCUUCCUAAGCUUUCAACCAUGCACACUCACAUUCAUAUUUUGAGCUUUUUGUGUAAGGAAAAGUAAGGCAUAUACUACUUUACUAUCUGUGUAUGUAAUUUUUGCUUAAUAUCUACAACAUAAUAGAUCAAUUACAUUUGAUGAUCCAUCAAUAUAUAGGAUAUUUUUGUGUGAUUGUGUAAAUAUUGUUUCUGCUCUCUCUACUAUAAAGAACAUUUACUCUUGUAAUUGCAUAAA